AUGUCUUCGGAGACAGCUCAAGUCAGUUCGCUGCCUCUUCCUCCAAUGCAGUAUAUUAAUUUUUAUACGGAUGAAAACGUAAGGCGAAAUCGUGCACCCUUACCACCAAGACCUAUUCAUGACACAUACUCAAUGUUCGGAAACGUGUUUAAUGCUGAUGAUACUAUUAUUCGGUCACUAGAAAGCCAGGGAUUUAGAAGACUUUAUCCUAUGCACUUUGAAAGAAGAAGAGAACUGAAAAAACUUAAUCACUCAUUGCUUGUAAACUUCCUAGAUUUAUUAGAUUUACUAGUACAUUGUCCAGACUCCCCUAAAAGAGCUGAAAAAGUUGAAGAUUUAAGUCUUCUAUUUAUUCAUAUUCAUCAUCUAUUAAAUGAAUUUAGACCACAUCAAGCAAGAGAGACCCUAAGAGUUAUGAUGGAGUUGCAAAAGCGUCAAAGAGUAGAGACUGCUAUGAGGUUUCAAAAGCAUCUUGAUAAGGUCCAAGAUAUUCUACAAAAUGCUUUGCAAAAUCCUUGCUAUGAAUUAGACUAUAUUAUGUGCAAUGUCGUGGAUAAUAUGAGAUAA